CGAAGAAACGGUUACAUUUCCAAACAUAUUGUGUCGUGUUUAUUGCCGUGAAGUGUUGGAUUAUUUAGUGAUUUUGGCCAGUUUUUAUUUUUUUGCACUGGAAAGCAGAAGUGGUUCAAACUGAGGACGCCUUCAGUGUCAGGAUGGGAGACAAAGGAUUUUCAUCGCUUCGUCUGAUCUUCUGCUUUGCUUCCUUUAUUGUAACGCUGCACCUCGUUAAUGGAGACCUGAGUUAUUCUAUUCCAGAGGAGAUGAAACGCGACUCUGUUAUUGGAAAUCUAGCCAAAGAUCUCGGUCUUGAUGUGAGGACCUUAUCUUCCCGAAAGGCCCGUGUUGAUUUUGAGGGGACUCGUAAACGGUACUGUGAUAUUAAUCUGAGGACUGGAGAUUUGGUCACAUCGGAGAGAAUGGACAGAGAAAGCCUUUGUGGCAAGAAACCCUCGUGUGUUGUGAAAGUAGAUCUAGUGUUAGAAAAUCCUCUGGAGCUUCAUCGACUAAGUCUUCAUAUUCAAGAUGUAAACGACAACUCGCCAAAAUUCAAAAAACAAUUGAUUAAAAUGGAAAUCAGCGAGUCAGCCGACAAGGGUAACCGCUUCUCUAUCGAGGAGGCCCAUGACGCAGAUAUAGGUCAAAAUGGUGUUCAAAGGUACAGCCUACAAAAGAACGACAACUUUAUUCUCGCUGUUGACAGCAACAAGGUUGAACUCGUACUAGAUAACAAACUGGAUCGAGAGAAGCAAAGUGAGAUUAACUUGCUUCUCACGGCUUUAGAUGGAGGCUCCCCUCAGAGAUCAGGUACUGUAGUCAUACACGUCACUGUACUGGAUGCUAAUGAUAACGCCCCAGUGUUUAGCCAGGCCGUUUAUAAAGCCAGUCUGCCUGAGAACUCUCCUCCAGAUACAAUAGUGAUUAAUGUUAGUGCUACUGACGCAGACGAAGGAGUGAAUGGAGAUGACUACGAUUUAAGCCAUGUGUCUGAUGACGAUGCAAAUGUAUUUUCUAUUGAUCCUAAAACAGGAGAAAUUAGAGUAACCGGAGUGAUUGACUUCGAAGAAAGGAGUUCUUUUGAAAUGAGAGUGGAAGCUAAAGAUGGUUUAGGGCUUGCCUCUUACGCACAAGUUUUAAUAGAGUUUCAGAUAGGUGGGCAUCAUUACGUGCAGGACAGAGACUCUGAGAAUAACAGACAGUUAUCUGUAGCAGACAUCAACGACAACCCACCUGUGUUUGAGGAACAGUCGUACAGCGCAUAUGUGACUGAAAAUAACAAACCUGGCUCCACUUUAUGUUCCGUUACUGCUCGAGACCCCGACUGGAGACAAAACGGUACAGUGAUUUAUUCUCUGUUACCCGGUGAGGUGAACGGUGCCCCGGUGUCCUCCUAUCUGUCUGUUAACGGAGACACGGGGGUGAUCCACGCUGUGAGGUCGUUUGAUUAUGAACAGUUCAGGAGUUUUAAAGUCCACGUGAUGGCCAGAGACAACGGUUCUCCUCCGCUCAGCAGCAACGUGACCGUCAGUGUCUUCAUAUCGGAUGUGAAUGACAACUCUCUCUCAGAUACUGUACCCCGCCCCGAGGGACACUCCUUCAUGACCGAGCUGGUCCCCAAAGCUGCACACGGAGGCUCUCUGGUGUCCAAAGUGAUAGCGGUGGACGCGGACUCCGGACAGAACGCCUGGCUGUCCUAUCAUAUAGUCAAGUCCACUGAUCCGGGACUUUUCACUAUUGAUGUUGACGGCACAGGAACUUUACGCAGCGCUUACAAUUAUGACGCCUACCUGACAACAGGUUCUAGAACCAGUGACUUUAAGUUUGUGACGUCAUACAAUGACAACACACUGCCUGCUGACCAGACUCUGAGGAAAAGUCCAUCAGACUUUUCUGAGGUCUUUGGAGAUUUAGAGCCGUCUGUAGAGGUAGGAACCGUUCAACAAGUGGUUCAAGCUGAGGACGCCUUUAGUGUCAGGAUGGGAGACAAAGGAUUUUCAUCGCUUCGUCUGAUCUUCUGCUUUGCUUCCUUUAUUGUAACGCUGCACCUCGUUAAUGGAGACCUGAGUUAUUCUAUUCCAGAGGAGAUGAAACGCGACUCUGUUAUUGGAAAUCUAGCCAAAGAUCUCGGUCUUGAUGUGAGGACCUUAUCUUCCCGAAAGGCCCGUGUUGAUUUUGAGGGGACUCGUAAACGGUACUGUGAUAUUAAUCUGAGGACUGGAGAUUUGGUCACAUCGGAGAGAAUGGACAGAGAAAGCCUUUGUGGCAAGAAACCCUCGUGUGUUGUGAAAGUAGAUCUAGUGUUAGAAAAUCCUCUGGAGCUUCAUCGACUAGUUAUUCAUAUUCAAGAUGUAAACGAUAACUCGCCAAAAUUCAAAAAACAAUUGACCGAAAUGGAAAUAAGUGAGUCAGCUGAAAAGGGUAACCGCUUCUCUAUCGAGGAGGCCCAUGACGCAGAUAUAGGUCAAAAUGGUGUUCAAAGGUACAGCCUACAAAAGAACGACAACUUUAUUCUCGCUGUUGACAGCAACAAGGUUGAACUCGUACUAGAUAACAAACUGGAUCGAGAGAAGCAAAGUGAGAUUAAUUUGCUUCUCACGGCUUUAGAUGGAGGCUCCCCUCAGAGAUCAGGUACUGUAGUCAUACACGUCACUGUACUGGAUGCUAAUGAUAACGCCCCAGUGUUUAGCCAGGCCGUUUAUAAAGCCAGUCUGCCUGAGAACUCUCCUGUAGAUACUGUAGUGGUCACAGUGAAUGCUACUGACGCAGAUGAAGGAGUGCAUGGAGAUGUGUUUUACGAUUUAAGCCAUGUGUCUGAUGACGAUGCAAAUGUAUUUUCUAUUGAUCCUAAAACAGGAGAAAUUAGAGUAACUGGAGUGAUUGACUUCGAAGAAAGGAGUUCUUUUGAAAUGAGAGUGGAAGCUAAAGAUGGUUUAGGGCUAAUAUCAUAUGCCAAAGUAAUAAUAGAGGCUACUGAUAUGAAUGAUAAUGCUCCAGUUAUAUAUCUGAAAUCCCUGACUAACCCCAUACCUGAGAACGUGUCACCUGGUACAGAGGUGGGCAUCAUUAACGUGCAGGACAGAGACUCUGAGAAUAACAGACAGGUCCGCUGCUCCAUUCAGCAAAACGUCCCUUUUAAGUUGGUCCCUUCUAUUAAAAACUAUUAUUCUCUGGUGACCACAAGACAACUGGACCGUGAACUAGUGUCUGAUUACAACAUUACAAUCACUGCCACUGACGAGGGCUCUCCACCUCUGUCCUCCUCUAAAACUGUUCAGUUAUCUGUAGCUGACAUCAACGACAACCCACCUGUGUUUGAGGAACAGUCGUACAGCGCAUAUGUGACUGAAAAUAACAAACCUGGCUCCACUUUAUGUUCCGUUACUGCUCGAGACCCCGACUGGAGACAAAACGGUACAGUGAUUUAUUCUCUGUUACCCGGUGAGGUGAAAGGUGCCCCGGUGUCCUCCUAUCUGUCUGUUAACGGAGACAUGGGGGUGAUCCACGCUGUGAGAUCGUUUGAUUAUGAACAGUUCAGGAGUUUUAAAGUCCACGUGAUGGCCAGAGACAACGGUUCUCCUCCGCUCAGCAGCAACGUGACCGUCAGUGUCUUCAUAUCGGAUGUGAAUGACAACUCUCCUCAGAUACUGUACCCCGCCCUGGAGGGACACUCCUUCAUGACCGAGCUGGUCCCCAAAGCUGCACACGGAGGCUCUCUGGUGUCCAAAGUGAUAGCGGUGGACGCGGACUCCGGACAGAACGCCUGGCUGUCCUAUCAUAUAGUCAAAUCCACUGAUCCGGGACUUUUCACUAUUGGUCUCCACAGCGGAGAGAUCAGGACACAGCGGGACAUUUCUGAGUCAGACAGCAUGAAACAGAACCUUAUUGUGUCAGUGAAAGAUAACGGACAGCCCUCUCUCUCCGCCACCUGUUCCAUGUAUUUACUUAUUUCUGAUAACUUGGCUGAGGUGCCGGAACUGAAGGAUAUUUCUUACGAUGAGAAGAACUCCAAACUGACCUCUUAUCUGAUCAUCGCGCUGGUGUCUGUGUCCACCUUUUUUCUGACCUUCAUCAUCAUCAUCCUGGGUGUGAGGUUUUGUCGCAGGAGAAAGCCCAGACUGUUGUUUGAUGGAGCAGUUGCCAUCCCCAGCGCUUAUCUCCCUCCUAAUUACGCAGAUGUUGACGGCACAGGAACUUUACGCAGCACUUACAAUUAUGACGCCUACCUGACAACAGGUUCUAGAACCAGUGACUUUAAGUUCGUGACGUCAUACAAUGACAACACACUGCCUGCUGACCAGACUCUGAGGAAAAGUCCAUCAGACUUUGUUGAUGUGUUUGGUCCGCCAGAUGAGUCUCCAGAGAUUUCGACAUUGUUGAGUUUUCCAUCUUGUCUCAGGAUGGCACACAAUGGAUAUUCAGCGGCCGGCCUGCUGUGCAGCUUUGCUUUCUUUGUUCAGCUGCUUCACAUCGGUAACGGAGACGUGAUCUUUUCCAUUCCAGAGGAAAUGAAACCCGGAUCUAUCAUAGGAAAUAUAGCAAAGCAACUCGGCUUAAACGUGGGGAAAUUAUCUGCUCGAAAGGCCCGCAUUGACAGCGAGCUGAACCGUGAACAGUACUGUGACAUAAAUCUUAACACUGGGGAUUUGUCUGUGGCUAAAAUAAUCGACAGAGAGGCGCUUUGCGGUGAAAAGGCAUCUUGUAUCCUUACAUUUGAUUUAAUCUUAGAGGCACCUCUGGAGUUGCACCGAAUUUCACUACAAAUACAGGAUAUCAACGAUAAUCCGCCUGUUUUUACCAAUGAAAUCAAGAUAGAAAUUAAUGAAUUGGCUAUGAAAGGAUCUCGCUUCCGUGUUUUGGAGGCACACGAUAUAGAUAUUGGGCAAAACGCCGUUCAAAGCUAUGCAUUGCAGGAGAACAAUUAUUUAGUGUUGGAAAUUAAGUCAAAAUCAGAUGGGGGUAAAUUUUCAGAGCUAGUGUUGAAUAAGGAAUUAGACCGCGAGGAGCAUGAAUUGAGAUUAUUGCUCACUGCACUAGAUGGAGGCAGUCCUCAAAGAACUGGCACUGCAACUGUCCAUGUGACUGUCCUGGAUGCUAAUGAUAACGCCCCAGUGUUUAGCCAGACCGUGUAUAACGCCAUUCUGCCUGAAAACGCUCCCCUAGAUACUGUUGUGGUUACAGUGGCUGCAACUGAUGCAGAUGAAGGUCUAAAUGGCGACGUGACUUACGAAUUAAGUCGUAUUUCGGAAACGGGUAGAAGAGUAUUUGCUUUAAAUCACAACACAGGAGAAAUUAAAAUAAUAGGACCUUUGGAUUUCGAGAAAGAGUCAAUAUAUGAAAUGCGCGUAGAUGCCAAAGAUGGAUAUGGGCUCACCUCAGAUUCCAAAGUGAUAAUUGAAAUCUCAGAUGUAAACGACAACCCACCUGAAAUCAAUUUGAAAUCACUGACUAACCCCAUACCUGAGAACGUGUCACCUGGUACAGAGGUGGGCAUCAUUAACGUGCAGGACAGAGACUCUGAGAAUAACAGACAGGUCCGCUGCUCCAUUCAACAAAACGUCCCUUUUAAGUUGGUCCCUUCUAUUAAAAACUAUUAUUCUCUGGUGACGACAGGACAGCUGGACCGUGAACUAGUGUCUGAUUACAACAUUACAAUCACUGCCACUGACGAGGGCUCUCCACCUCUGUCCUCCUCUAAAACUGUUCAGUUAUCUGUAGCAGACAUCAACGACAACCCACCUGUGUUUGAGGAACAGUCGUACAGCGCAUAUGUGACUGAAAAUAACAAACCUGGCUCCACUUUGUGUUCCGUUACUGCUCGAGACCCCGACUGGAGACAAAACGGUACAGUGAUUUAUUCUCUGUUACCCAGUGAGGUGAACGGUGCCCCGGUGUCCUCCUAUCUGUCUGUUAACGGAGACACGGGGGUGAUCCACGCUGUGAGGGCGUUUGAUUAUGAACAGUUCAGGAGUUUUAAGGUCCACGUGAUGGCCAGAGACAACGGUUCUCCUCCGCUCAGCAGCAACGUGACCGUCAGUGUCUUCAUAUCGGAUGUGAAUGACAACUCUCCUCAGAUACUGUACCCCGCCCCGGAGGGACACUCCUUCAUGACCGAGCUGGUCCCUAAAGCUGCACACGGAGGCUCUCUGGUGUCCAAAGUGAUAGCGGUGGACGCGGACUCCGGACAGAACGCCUGGCUGUCCUAUCACAUAGUCAAAUCCACUGAUCCUGGACUUUUCACUAUUGGUCUCCACAGCGGAGAGAUCAGGACACAGCGGGACAUUUCUGAGUCUGACAGCAUGAAACAGAACCUUAUUGUGUCAGUGAAAGAUAACGGACAGCCCUCUCUCUCCGCCACCUGUUCCAUGUAUUUACUUAUUUCUGAUAACUUGGCUGAGGUGCCGGAACUGAAGGAUAUUUCUUACGAUGAGAAGAACUCCAAACUGACCUCUUAUCUGAUCAUCGCGCUGGUGUCUGUGUCCACCUUUUUUCUGACCUUCAUCAUCAUCAUCCUGGGUGUGAGGUUUUGUCGCAGGAGAAAGCCCAGACUGUUGUUUGAUGGAGCAGUUGCCAUCCCCAGCGCUUAUCUCCCUCCUAAUUACGCAGAUGUUGACGGUACAGGAACUUUACGCAGCGCUUACAAUUAUGACGCCUACCUGACAACAGGUUCUAGAACCAGUGACUUUAAGUUCGUGACGUCAUACAGUGACAACACACUGCCUGCUGACCAGACUCUGAGGAAAAGUCCAUCAGACUUUGCUGAGGUGUUUGGUCCACCAGAUGAGUCUCCAGAGGUAGGCCUCAUACUAAUAUUGUCUAACAUUUAA